AUGGACUCCACAGAAUCAAAAUUAUCUGCCGUCUCAACGGUCGACGACAUGGAUAUCGAAACGGUAGAGCUUCACAGAGCAGAAAGUAUGGUUCAGAAGUCACCUCCUGAAAUCAUCGAAAAAGUUCCCGAAGAAACAUCCCCAAAGAAACAGGAUGUUUACUCGCAAGUGGCAACGUGGGCAAUUUUUCUGUUCAAUGAAAUCAAAGAUCUCAAACUGGAAGUGGUCAUGUUCCUGUAUACGUUUUCAAUAACAAUGCGCCACGUAUCUAGCACUAGCAUGAUCUUGGACAAGGUUUGCUUAGUCCAUUUGGGUUUGUCCCCGGAAAUAUGUUCUGAUCUUGCCAACAACCAAACCCUCAAAAACAAAGUCGAAAAGCUGACGACUAAUUAUGUUGUAGGACACAGUCUAAUCCAACUGAUACCUUCAACCAUACUCAGUGCUUUCAUUGGACCAUGGAGCGAUAAGUAUGGAAGAAAAAUUCCAAUCAUAGCAGGUCUUUUGGGAAUUAUUGCCGAUGGUUUAGGAUCGGCUACAUGUGCUGCUGCUAUGCACAGCAGGGUAGAGUUCCUUUUCAUUCCACCCAUAUUUGCUGGCUUAUCUGGCGCUACUGGUAGCAUCGGUUUCUUGUACGCCCACCACCGCUACGAUUGGGACAACACAAAAUAUUCAACUGUCACAUCUUUCUUUGCGGUUUUCGGAGUAAUAACUACGUUAAUUUCUGUACCUCUCUUCAAAUACUUCAAAUUUGGCGACCCAACACUAGGACUCGUCGGAUCUGCUUCAUUGUUGGCGAAAAAUAUUCUUAUUGGACUUGCUGCUUCACAUGAGUUUUAUUACUUAGCAAACUUAGUUGGACUUUUAAUGGGAUUAGGUUCUUUAGCGGCACGCAGCAGAAUUUCCAAAGUGGUAUCAAAAGAUGACUUAGGUAAAGUCUUCGCUUUCCUUUCAAGCGCAGAAACCGUACUGCCGAUAGUUGCAGUCGCUUUCGUCUCGCAAAUAUUUAAUGCAACUCUAGACUUUCUCCCUGGUUUAGUAUAUCUGGUCCUUGGAGGCUUAAUGGCGAUUCCUAUCGUCAUAUAUAUAUGGCUUAUGCGACUCCCGAAUGUCAACUACGAAGAGAUGCAUGAUGGUCCGCAAAGUGAAGAAGGAAUAGUUAUAGAGAUCAAGGCAUCAGAGAAACGAUGA